UAUAGUGCAAUUUAAUGCACCUGCACCGGAUGCAAGUAAGCUUUCUGCUAGAUCUGUUUUAUUUCAAUCAGGAUUUUGUUAGAUUUAAUUUUCAGAGCUGAAGUACCGGCCGGCACUGACACAUCCAACUUAUCUGUCCGACUAGGAACAAGAAGAUAAAUGUAUCGUGAUAGAGGAAUGAACCGUCCACGUGGAAGAGGCAUGUCUGGAGGAUUUAGGGAUGAUCGGAGAGGAGGACCCAGAUUAGGGAGAGGGGGUGGCUUCAAAAGCAAACAGCCGGGGUCCCAGUUACGCCCCCAAAGGUGGGACAAUCUUCCUCCAUUCCGGAAAGACUUCUACACUCCACACAACAAUGUGUCAAGCAGGUCUCAACAUGACGUGAUGAACUUUCGCUCAAGAUAUGAGAUGACAAUCCGAGGAAACAAUGUGCCACAUCCCGUUGAAGACUUUGAAGAAGCAAACUUUCCUCCUUAUGUAAUGGAUAAUAUCAGGAGGCAAGGAUUCUUGACGCCAACUCCAAUACAGUCUCAAGGCUGGCCAAUAGCUCUCAGUGGCAAUGAUAUGGUCGGCAUUGCCAAAACUGGCUCAGGAAAAACACUUGCGUACAUUCUGCCAGCUAUUGUCCACAUCAACAACCAGCCCCCUGUGAACUAUGGGGACGGUCCAGUGGUGCUGAUACUGGUGCCAACCCGAGAGCUUGCACAGCAGAUACAGCAGGUUGCCGCUGAUUUUGGCUCCUCGACGCGUGUCCGCAACACCUGUAUUUAUGGUGGAGCACCCAAGGGACCUCAGGCACGCGACCUUGAGCAGGGGGUGGAGAUUGUGAUAGCAACACCAGGCCGGCUGAUAGACUUCCUGGAGCGUGGCCAAACAAACUUGCGACGUUGCACCUACCUGGUACUGGAUGAGGCCGACAGAAUGUUAGAUAUGGGCUUCGAGCCACAGAUACGCAAAAUCAUCGAGCAGAUCAGGCCUGACAGGCAAGUACUGAUGUGGUCGGCGACGUGGCCCAAGGAAGUGCGAGCACUGGCGGAGGACUUCCUGAUUGACUACAUCCAGCUGAACAUUGGCUCCCUGACGCUAGCAGCCAACCAUAAUAUCCUGCAGAUCGUCGAAGUCUGUCAGGAACACGAGAAGGAAUACAAGCUGAGGAGACUGUUGCAAGAAAUUGGAUCAGAAAAGGAAAAUAAAACAAUUAUAUUUGUGGAGACAAAGCGUAAAGUUGAUGAAAUUACCCGUUGUAUUAGGAGAGAUGGGUGGCCAGCUCUGAGCAUACAUGGGGACAAAAACCAAGUGGAACGAGAUCACGUUCUCCAAGAGUUCCGCAGUGGAAGAUCACCAAUUUUAGUAGCAACUGAUGUGGCUGCCAGGGGUCUAGACGUUGAAGAUGUGAAAUUUGUGAUCAACUUUGACUACCCAUCAUCAUCAGAGGACUACAUACACCGCAUCGGGCGGACUGGCCGCUCGGAACAGACCGGCACUGCGUAUGCAUUCUUCACCCCACACAAUGCCAAACACGCCACUGAGCUAGUCAAUGUUCUCACGGAGGCUAACCAGAGUAUCAACCCCAAACUGGCAGAGAUGGCCACCAUGGCUAAGUACGGCCUUCCAAAGAGUUUUGGUGCUGGAGGAGGGGCACGAAUCAACCGUCGUGGAAGAGGAGGGGAGAGCAGGGGCAGGGGAGGUGAAAAUAGGGGUGGCUCAAGGGGAAGAGGAGUGGACCGAGGACGACCAGGCAAUCGCUGGGACGUUCCCAGCAGUCGAGGUGGUGGUGGUGGCAGCAGCUACAAUGGUUUCAACAACGGAACAUCACGUGGUUUCCAACAGGGGAAUUUUAACUUCAACCAGCCUCCACCCCCUCCUCCCUCCCAUCCAUAUCCUGGGGCGGGAUACUAAACCGUCCACAACAAUGCCUAAAUUGACUUUCACCAAAGAUAAAGAAAAUCAUCUGGGAUUUUCUUUACAUUCAAAUUUUGUUCUAUUUAAUUUGACAGAUGAUCUUUAGUCUGUGAUAAUUUUAAAAGUGAGAUGAAAUUGUUUUUGUUGAAUAGAAACAACAAAGCAGAUAUAAAAUUGAGUUCCUUUUUUUUACUUUCAGCUUAGCUUUAUUUUAUAUAUUAAGUGUGAACAAAAUAUUUUGUUGUUGCCUUCCUUUUCAGGCUGUGUUUUGUAGUUUAUUCAAAUAUAAAUUGUUAUGGUA